GCAAAGCACUCGCUAUCUAAGCAAAACAAGUAUUCGUGUUGGUCUUUAUAAUUGCACGAUAAUAGUUAAAUAGUUAGUCACGGUAAGACACAGUCGUAGUCGCUAUCUUGUGGGAAAACACUGAACAAUGCUCCUAUUAUAUUUCAUCUUAUUAAUCGGCUCAGCUGUGCUGGAACCAUUUGAAUCACCAUGUGACAUUAGCGACUCGGAGUGCUUGGUGAGGAACCUUCAGGAGGCGGCCUCGUACUCCGCCUCAGAAGAUGGGGUGGAACCCAUAGAUCCCAUGUUCCUAGGCUACAUAGACGGAGAGCUACCAAUCCUGGACUUUCAGUUCUAUAACAGCACCUUGACGGGAUUGCAAGGCUGUGAAUACAAGAACCUAAGUAUAUCGGAGGACCUGACGCACCUCCAGCUACAGUAUGACUGCCCCAACAUCAGCCUGGCGGGUCGGUACAAAGUCUCCACUAACUUCUUCUUCAUCACCUCAAGAGGAGACUAUACCAUGAAAACAGGCAGAUACUUGGUGAGCGUAGAUUCAGAACUGGAGAAGGUGAGGAAACGUGACGCGACUCACCUGCAGCUCGGAGACUUCACCCUCAAGUGCGAACUGCUGGGCACACUCGACCUGGCUCUCAAGAAGACUGAUUCUACCAGUUCGGGACUGAUGAACAUGGCGAACCAGUACAUGAAAGACAACUACAAGAGGGUGGCGGCGGCGACGCAGGACUCCGUGUGGACGGCCAUCAUCAGGAAGCAGCACGACAUCUUCAACCAGUACCUGAUCGGGAGACCCUUGGAGGACUUCAUUAAAUUUUGACCCUUUGAAAAAAAUUUAAGGCUUUAUUAGUACUACAUCUAGAGUGAUUUCUAUGUGAUUCUUCUUCUGACAAAAUUUAUAAUGUUAUACCCUUAUUAUAUAAGUAACUAGAUGAUGCCCGCAA